GUGGAAGUGGAUGAGAACGGCAAGAUCGUGGACGCUCGCUUCAAAACGUUCGGCUGCGGCUCAGCCAUUGCCUCCAGCUCGCUGGCCACGGAGUGGGUCAAAGGGAAAACGGUUGAUGAAGCGCUGAAAAUCAAGAACACAGAUAUUGCCAAGGAACUCUGCCUUCCCCCUGUCAAACUGCACUGCUCCAUGCUGGCUGAAGACGCCAUCAAGGCCGCCUUGGCUGAUUACAAACUGAAGCAGGAUCCAAACAGAGAAUCCAACAAAGAAUCCGACAAAACAGCCGACAAUGCCUGAACUGCCUGCGCAGCUUCCCCUCCUCACUCCCUGCUCACUCUGCAGCGCAAUUCCCGAGCUGUUGUAGGACCCUGUGCACUACUCGAGCUGUAAGAUACGCACAAGUUACGCACAACGUGUCGCUGUGGUGUCCAGGCACCCCCUAGUGCUCCCCUGGCUGGGGGCUGCUGUCCCCUCGGGAAUGUCGCGGGACGACUCCGCUCCGGAGACCAAACCCCGCUGUCCGGUACUGGAAGGGCUGCACUUUUCGUUUUUAUUUUGGGAAGAUGUCUAGUUUUGCCUAAUAUCUUAUGGAAUUUGGUGGGAAGCGUUGCCCUGGUUUGGAUGUGUGUGUGUGUGUGAGAAAUGUGGGGCUGUCCCUGGCUCUGGCUGGGUCAGGGUUGGUUUCGUAAUCCAGGAGCAAAUUCCUGCUCUUGGAAUUCUGGGAAUGUUUUGUUGGUGCCAAAGGGAAAAGUGACCAGGAAACACCAGUGGUUUCUGCUCCCAUCCUGUCACCACUUAAUUUUUGAAGCACUUGUUGGAGGAACAGCCUGAAUUUUGGGGUGUUUUCUCUAAGAAUUCACUUCUUCGUUCACCAGGUGCUCUCUUAGAGCUGUAAAUCCUGGGCUAGAGGAAGGUGUCCCUGCCCAAAGAAGGGGUUUGCAACUGGAUGGUCUUUAAGAUCCCUUCAUACCCAAACCAUUCCAAUAUUCCCUAAAGUACACCCUCAGACUGGAACCCCAGUGGGGAACAGCUGAGCUGGAAUGCAGAGCUGAGGGGGAGCUCCCAGAGUUCCUCUUUUCUGGAGGAGUAUUUCCAAACCAAGCAGACAACACAUUGGCAGACUUCACUUUUUAACCUUCUACCCCCCCACGAGACACAUCACUUCCCAUUUUUCAUACUGAGGGUGUUGUUAAACAUUUAAAACCACAUUUAAAAAAAAAAUAAUUGUCUCAUCCUGCUCCA